ACAGCCUGAAAUCCACUGCAGCAUCUGGUCCUCUAAAGUGGGUGAUGUCAUUGCCCUGUUGCCUGGGCAACGGCAAUUAAGUUAUUCACAGCAGAUAAAAGAAGCGAGCACAAACGGCAAAAAUAACACUCCCAUCUGUUUCUGGAAGAGCACAUUUGCCAGACUCUCACAGCUCCUCAAAGGUAAUUCCUGUGUCAGUGACGCAGUGCAAACAGGUUAACUCUAACCUAAUUGCAUCGUACAGGUGCCACAUCUUUGUCAUCAGCUGUCAUGUUUAAGACUGCUUUGCUGACACUGGUUGGCUUGGCUGUGGCUUUCGGUCACAGCUCCCAGGAUGCAGACAAGGUGACUGAAGCAGACAUCCAGCGGUUGCUGCACGGAGUCAUGGAGCAGUUAGGCAUUGCUCGGCCUCGAGUCGAGUACCCGGCUCACCAAGCUACAAACCUGGUUGGGCCACAGAAUAUCGAAGGUGGCGCUCAUGAAGGAUUGCAGCACCUGGGUCCCUACGGCAACAUUCCCAACAUUGUGGCUGAGCUCACAGGAGAUAACAUUCCCAAGAACUUCAAUCAAGAUCAAGGCUACCCAGAUCCACCCAACCCCUGUCCACUGGGGCGAAAAGCUUCUGACGGAUGCCUGGAACAUAUUCCUGACACAGCUGAAUUCAGCAGUGAAUACCAGAUCCAUCAAAACCUCUUUAAUUCAGAGCAUAAUUACCCAGCAAGGGAGAAAUGGAAGAAGAACAUGAUGUACAGAAAUGUGAAAAGUGCAGCAAGGAGGAGAAAGAGGAGCUUGAAUCCAUACCUGCAAGGAAAGAGACUCGACAAUGUUGUUGCCAAGAAGUCAGCUCCUCAUUUCUCUGAAGAGGACAAAAGUGCCAAUGAAUAGAUCAGUAAUCAAAUUUAAAGCAUCUCAACUAAUUGCAUAAGAUAUGGAUCAAUCAACACAUCUCAGUUCAAAGCUAUAUUAUUCACUGUUCAUACAUAGGUAGCAAAUAGAAAUCCGGCUGUUGCAUGCUUCUGGCAGUGGUGGCAACUUAAGUUUAAGAAGUAUUGUAAGAUUGCCUUGAUAGUUGCACUAAGAUUAAUCACUACAAUUGUAAUGAAAGUAUAAAUUUAAAAUUAUAAUUUAAUGCACCCAGACCUUAAUGGAAUAUUAAAUUAUUCUAAUCUUAA